GGGCUUUCCCUGAUGACCUGCCCCUUUGCCCCACACUGGGCCAUUCUGCACGCAGAAGCACAGGACUUAUCUGGCACUCAGAUCGGUGUUUCCUCGUGGAGUAUUAUUUCGGAGGAGCACAGCUCAUGUAUGCUUGAAGUUCAGGUGGGAAGAAGACGCCGAACGCGGUUUGUGGGACUGUUAUGCCUAAAUGCUCUUGGUGAUAAGGGAACGUGCCGCAGAAGUUCAGCAACAUUCCAGCCAGAACAAGAUUUUACAGAUGGAAGAAGUGAGGAUUUCUUCCAGGGGCUAUGAAUCCAGCAAAGACCGAUCGCACGCCAACCCCACCAGCGUCUGUUAGCGCCAAGCCUGCCUCGACUUCACUCUCACCAAGGCCCAGGAAGCCAUGGGAAGCGUCAGCAGUCUGAUCUCAGGUCACAGCUUCCACACCAAACACUGUCGCGCCACCGAGUACAAACCCAAGAGGACCUCUCAGCCGAAGAGGGCGGCUCGCAACCUGGACGGCUUGCUGCGCUAUGGCUUCUCCCACGAGCCCACCGGCAAUCCCAGUAAGACCAGUCACCCAUCGGAGAAGAACGAGGACUUCUUGUACAUCAAGGUGAGCCAGAAGCCCCGGACUCCCCACCAAAGACAACAGCAAAUGGAGGAACAAUUAGAAGGGCCGACAGAUACGGAAGCGAGCAGCUGCACCCCUCCGCAGCUAGUGCCCAUGUCUGGCAAAGUCGACAAGGGCAUUGAGAAGAGCCUGAUACGACCAACAGCUUUCAAGCCUGUCAUCCCCAGGAGCAGCUCUGCUUCAGAAAGCCACAACAUAUGUCACAUUGCCAACAAGAGGCACAGCCCCUCGGACAGAGGCAAGGAGACAUCUGACCAGAGGCUGGAUGCAAACUCGGGGACGCUCUCCGAUUCAGGCCGGAACUCCAUGUCGAGCUUGCCCACGCACAGCACGAACGGCAGCAGUCAUAUGGACAACUUUUCCAGCACCGUGGGUGUGCUGACCCGUCUUGGGGGGUCUGCCCACAGCCUGGGCCACACCCAGCAGCUAAGCUGCUCAUUGGGAAGCAAAGGGACAAACAGUACAGGCAGCAAGCCCACACCACACCCUGCUGGGGAGGGCACCUCCCCUGAAAAACAGGACAUGUUCUCAGAGAGCGCUGGCGGCUGCAUGCGGUCCCCCAUUUCCAUGGACGAGUCCCUCAUUGAGUUGCUGGAGCAGAGGCUGCUGGAGAGGGAGAAUGAGCUCCAGGAGCUGCAGGUCAGCUUCGAGGAGAAGGAAGCAGAUACUUGCAAGCUCUUCCAGGAGAAGCAGAGGUACUGCGCCGAGGAGAUGGAAGGCCUCAAGCAGAGGUGCUCCAGCCAGCUACGGCAGGUUUCCCAGAAAGCCCUGAGAGCCCAGCAGAUCCUGCAGCUACAGGUCUUCCAGCUCCAGCAGGAGAAACAGCAGAUGCAGGAGGAUUUGUCCCAGUUGACCAAAGAAAAAGACUUAAUGGAGGUACAGCUCAGGUCAUAUGAGACAAAGCAGACACAAAUGACUCCGACUCUCGAGGAAACUCAGUGGGAGGUAUGCCAGAAGUCUGGGGAAAUCUCCUUGCUGAAACAGCAGCUGAAGGAUUCCCAGGCAGAUGUGAGCAACAAGCUGAAUGAAAUCGUCAGCCUGAAAGCCACACUGAAGGAAACCAAGAUAAGGAUGGAAGCACUGGAGCAGAAAAUCAAGGAACAAGAAGAGGCCGUCCAUUCCAAAACUGUGGAGGUGGAGGUGUGCAAGAACGAGUUACAGCGGAAGAAGAACGAGGCCGACCUGCUCAGGGGGAAAGUGGGACAGCUGGAGACAGACAUACAGGGCAUGAUACAGGACAUGGCACUGGCCAAAGAGUUGGCUACAGGACGGGCUGGGAUUAAAAGCCAGCCAGACAUCGGUGAGGAUGCGGAGGCCCUCCAGAGGGCGCUGGAGAAGCUGAAAGAACAGCUGAGGGAAGAGCGGCAGCAGAAGGUGGACAUGGUGAGCACCUUCCAGCUGGAGAGGCAGACAUGGGACAGGGAGAAGGAGAAGGUCAUCCGGUACCAGAAGCAGCUCCAGUUCAACUAUCUGCAAAUGCACCAGAGAAACCAGGAGCUGGAGAAAGUCCUCAGGGAGCUGACUGCAGAACUGGAGACCCGACCAGAGGUGGACUUAGACGUCCAGAGUGCAGACAUACAUUUCGAAGACAUCAUCGCAACUGAGAUAUGAACUACCAUGAACAAGGUGCACCGAGAUCAGCCAUUAGACUGACAUGAGUCUCACGCACACCAUCCGAAAUUACCGUCAAUUCCUCCUCCAAAGGAACUUCCCAGACAGAUCAUGUGGAACAAAGGGAAAAAAAAAGCUUCUAGUGUUAAAUGUUACUCACUGGUAUACGUGUUUCAAGCAUAAUGGAUGUAUAUAUUUAAAUUGGUGAUUGCUAUUUAUUUUCAUAAGUAUAAGAAUUACAUGCGAAUUUUUAUUUAAAACUAAAAUGUCUGAAGGCACUUAAUAGUUUUAUAAGUUACAGUUAACUCCAUGAGUGCACUCCACUGUCAAAACACAAUACUUCACUCUACAUUUCUACUGUAGUUAAGCUGUAUUACUAUAUUUACAUAAUAUUGAGGGAUAAGACAAAAACUAACUGAAGUCUUUGCAACUCAUGAAGAUAUGCACAUUAACCCUAAACCAUGCACCUCUGUUUAUAAAUGGGUGGUGUUCGGAAUUUAUAUAUUAUAUACCUGUAUGUUAGCUUUAUUUUAAAUCAUUCAAAACUUUAGAUUCGUGCCUUUCCCUGCUGUUAUAAGGGCACUAGGGGAAAACAUGUUAUUAGUUUGUAAGCAUGAUAUUAAUUUCACGGCAUAAAGUCUUCGUUCUCAUAUGGAGGGAAAGUGGUACAUUUCAGAUUCCCUCCAGAGAUACCGGCAAACAGCUGAUGACACUUAUAAUUACAAUAUAUAAAACGGACAAUGCAGCCAGGCUUGUGCCAUUCAACCAAAUCAGCAGUUUCAAUGUCGUGCUUUUUCUGUUACAGAAUCAUUUUGAUCACAAUUACAACACAGUAAGUACACAAAGUGGAAACACCAGGUCUCAAAGUUGCCCAGAAAGUCACAGGCAGACUUAGUUCCCACCUGAAAUCUUUGAAAAGCAUUAAAACAAGGGAAAGAUUCAAAAUAGCACUGUUCUGCUAGUGUAACUGAUUCAUUAAUUCAAUCAGUUUAUAUAAGGUAUUUAAAACUGUUAACUUUUGCAUUGGACGUUUUCUUUCUUCUUCCUGGUAUACAUUUCAUGUAUAAUUAUGGUUCCUAGCAAAUUACAAAUACAGACCUAAUAUCAUUCCGUAGGAAGCUUGCAGCUCACGAGCACUAUUGCAGUAUUUCACUAAUAUGCCAAAAGUAACAAGUACUACGUCAGUGCCCCGUCUCAAGCCUAAACCAGAAAUUGAGAAAUGUGACACGUUUCCACAAGUUCCAAAAUGAGAAUACACCAUUGUUCUCUACAUUUAAGGCUUAUUUAUGGAUGUGUGCUGGCCUUGAAGAAUAUUCCAUCAACGCAGGUCCACUGACAAAGAAAAGGACUGGUGUCAAGGAAUACAAGGAGUCUCUAGUCAGGUGCUGGUGGAGAGAAGUUCAACAUGGCCACAAGACAGAGGAGUCCACCAGGAGGUCCCUGCAUUAGCUCCUUCAGCCCGUGCCUCUGCUCUUGACAAACACUUUACAAUGGAGUUUGACUACACAGAUAGGUGCAAAAUGUCCAUUGUUAUUUAUAUAUGGAAUAUUUUUUAUUUAAAUAAAUGAAAAGGUUUUCACUGA